GGUGUCUUGGCGGACGCGGCGGGUUGGGUAGUGCUGUGGUGGUGGUGGAGUUUGCUGAGCAUUUCCUAGACCUCAGUAGGCAUGUCGGCGGCUUUUCGCAAGGCAGCCAAGACCCGGCAGCGGGAACACCGAGAACGAAGCCAGCCUGGCUUUCGGAAACGCCUGGGUUUGCUGGAGAAAAAGAAAGAUUACAAACUUCGUGCAAAUGACUAUCAUAAAAAACAAGAUUUCCUCAGAGCUCUCCGGAAGAAGGCUCUUGAAAAAAAUCCAGAUGAAUUCUACUAUAAAAUGACUCGGGCCAAACUCCAGGAUGGAGUUCAUAUUUUCAAAGAGAACAAGGAAGAGGUAACAGCAGAGCAGCUGAAGCUGAUGAGAACUCAGGACAUCAAGUACAUUGAGAUGAAAAGAGUUGCAGAGGCCAAGAAAAUUGAAAGAUUGAAAUCAGAGCUCCAUCUGCUGGAUUUCCAGGGGAAGCAACAGAAGAAGCACGUGUUCUUUUUUGACACCAAAAAGGAAGUUGAACGGUUUGACAUUGCAACUCACCUGCAGACGGCCCCAGAACUAGUUGACAGGGUCUACAAUAGACCCAGGAUAGAGACCUUGCAGAAGGAGAGAGUGAAAGGAGAGACUGGACUCAAGCGGAUAGCCAAGGAACGACAGAAGCAGUAUGACUGUUUGACGCAGCGCAUCGAGCGGGAGAAGCAGCUGUUCGUUGUUGCCCAGAAAAUCCAGACACGCAAAGACCUCAUGGAUAAAACUCAGAAGGUGAAGGUGAAGAAAGAAACAGUGAACUCCCCAGCUAUUUACAGAUUCCAGACUCGCCGAAAACGUUGAUGGGUUAAAAUUAAACCUCAGCAUUCUGUAUCGAAAAGAAUUAUUAUCUUUUCCUCCUGUCUUUUGUAAUAACUUCAGAUUUUAUUAAUUCAAAUGGCUUGGUCUU